UGGCUUCUCUGUUCUGGCCUAGUGAUGAUGCUCUGCUUCACUGAAAUCUCAUCUCAGGACUGCAGCCAACUUCGCAGCUGGCUAAAUAAAGACAACUUGAAGCUUCUCAACAGCAAGAUGGGAUCCACAAUUCCCCUACAAUGCAUCGGCCAUGUGGCCAAUUUUUCCAACAACGAAGAAAUCCACAGCCACGAAAUCCAGGGGGAGGAUGCCAAAGCAGCCACACAAGAAAUCCUCCAGCAGACCCUCCACAUCUUCCGGCAAAACCACAGCCAAAUGGACUGGGGUGAGACUUCCAUAGCUGGUUUCCAGGCUGGGCUGCACCAGGACAUUGAGAAGCUGGGACGGUGCUUGGGUGCAGAGAAGGGCAAUAGCAUCCGACAGCGGGUGAAAAGCUACUUCAGAAGAAUCAACGACUACCUGAAAGAUGACGGGUACAGCCUGUGUGCCUGGGAGAUUGUCCAGAUGGAAGUCCGGCAAUGUUUUUCUCUCAUCGACCAACUCCUCAAAAGGACAGGAAAUUCAGCACUCCAGCAAAGACCACGUUCCUUCAUCUCCACCAUGAUCUCAAAGGGGUGGCUUCUUUGCUUUGGCCUAGUGAUGAUGCUCUGCUUCACUGAAAUCUCAUCUCAGGACUGCAGCCAACUUCGCAGCUGGCUAAAUAAAGACAACUUGAAGCUUCUCAACAGCAAGAUGGGAUCCACAAUUCCCCUACAAUGCAUCGGCCAUGUGGCCAAUUUCUCCAACAACGAAGGAAUCCACAGCCACGAAAUCUGGGGGGAGGAUGCCAAAGCAGCCACACAAGAAAUCCUCCAGCAGACCCUCCACAUCUUCCGGCAAAACGACAGCCAAAUGGACUGGGGUGAGACUUCCAUAGCUGGUUUCCAGGCUGGGCUGCACCAGGACAUUGAGAAGCUGGGACGGUGCUUGGGUGCAGAGAAGGGCAACAGCAUCCGACAGCGGGUGAAAAGCUACUUCAGAAGAAUCAACGACUACCUGAAAGAUGACGGGUACAGCCUGUGUGCCUGGGAGAUUGUCCAGAUGGAAGUCCGGCAAUGUUUUCUGCUCAUCGACCAACUCCUCAAAAGGACAGGAAAUUCAGCUUAA